AUAAAGGAUCCCCAUUGCAGGCUUGCAAAUCUAUUGAGGAAUCCUACCAUAGCCCCCAAGACAGGGGAUAGCCUACAACGGUUAAAAUAUCCCUUACAAAGGAUACCAUCUAGGCUACUUAUUUUAGAAUGUAAUCCUGAACACUGUAUUCGUGAUCUCUAAUGAAAUGGAAAGCUUGCCUUCAGAGGCCAUAGUUUCCACUUGACCCAAAGGUCAGCAAGUUUUGGCAAAUAAUAGUCUACUAGACCAUGGAUAGAGGAUGUGGAAUGGCUAUUCCAUUAGGCAGAGUUUAUCGCCUGUUGUCCUCCUCCUCCGUACCGCCGGUGAAGCUGCCGUCAGAGGACUGGACAUUCUCUCUGGAAAAUGACCCUGAAGGCAACGCAGCACAACAGAAGAACCUGGAAGGCUACGUUGGCUUCGCCAACCUUCCCAACCAAGUGUACAGGAAGUCUGUGAAGCGGGGCUUUGAGUUCACACUCAUGGUUGUUGGUGAGUCCGGCCUGGGCAAGUCUACGCUGAUCAACUCGCUCUUCCUCACAGACCUCUACUCUGGAGAGUACCCAGGACCCUCUCACCGAAUCAAGAAGACCGUGCAGGUGGAACAGUCAAAGGUGCUGAUCAAGGAGGGAGGGGUCCAGCUGCUCCUCACUAUAGUGGACACCCCUGGCUUCGGAGAUGCAGUAGACAACAGCAACUGUUGGCAGCCUGUGAUUGACCACAUCGACAGUAAGUUUGAGGACUACCUGAACUCGGAGUCUCGUGUGAACCGGCGACAGAUGCCUGACAGCAGAGUGCACUGCUGCCUGUACUUCAUCGCCCCCUCUGGUCACGGGCUGAAGCCCCUGGAUAUUGAGUUCAUGAAGCGGUUACACGAGAAAGUCAACAUCAUCCCCCUCAUCGCCAAAGCGGACACACUCACACCAGAGGAGUGCCAAGAGUUUAAGAAACAGAUCAUGCGAGAGAUCCAGGAGCAUAAGAUUAAGAUUUACGAGUUUCCAGAGACUGAGGAUGAGGAGGAGAUGAAGCUGGUGAAGAAGAUCAAGGAGCGCCUGCCUCUGGCGGUUGUCGGUAGCAACACCAUUAUCGAGGUGGAAGGGAAGCGAGUGAGGGGGAGGCAGUACCCCUGGGGUGUGGCCGAAGUGGAGAACAGCGAGCACUGUGAUUUCACAAUCCUCAGAAACAUGCUCAUCAGGACCCACAUGCAGGACUUGAAGGACGUGACCAAUAAUGUCCACUAUGAGAACUACCGCAGCCGUAAGCUCGCCGCCGUCACCUACAAUGGGGUGGACAACAACAAGAACAAGAGCCUGCUCACCAAACCUGACACAGCUGACGACAUGAGUCCCCUGGCUCAGAUGGAGGAGGAGAAGCGGGAGCAUGUGACGAAGAUGAAGAAGAUGGAGAAUGAGAUGGAGCAGGUGUUUGAGAUGAAGGUCAAGGAGAAGCUGCAGAAGCUCAGAGACUCCGAGGGAGAGCUCCAGCGACGUCAUGAGCAGAUGAAGAAGAAUCUGGAGGCCCAGCACAAGGAGCUGGAGGAGAAGAGACGCCAGUUUGAGGAGGAGAGGAACAACUGGGAGGCACAGCAACGCAUGCUGGAGCAGCAGAAGCUCGACACCAGGACCUUGGAAAAGAACAAGAAGAAGAAGAUCUUCUGAAGUGUGUGUGCGCGCGCGUGUGUGUAUGUGUGGGGUCCAGUGGACCGCCACCUAACGUUUUUAACCAGUUGCCAACUCUGCCAGCCUGCAUAAGUCAGUCUGUCUAGUCGACCAAAUACCCCCUCUCACCAACCCACCAAUACCCAGGAGGAAUACCCUGUGUGUGUCUGUGUGCCUGUCUGUGUGCCUGUCUGUGUGCCUGUCUGUGUGCCUGUC